UAAAUAGCCUUGGCCACUGUCUCCUCGCAAGUUGCAACACGAGACAAGGGGAAAGAGAGAGAGCAGUGGCACCCUUCUCUCGAGGUCUACUCAGACUGCCCAAAACUGUCGACAUACACUUCCAGAGAUCGAAUGCGUUCUUCAAAUCCUUUCCAGUAUUCUCGUCUUCCUCUUCGCAAUCUUCUCUACAAGCUCACAUUUUGUUCUUCAACCAUUCACUGCUACGACGGCACUUAUCGUCCAUUUGACCUUCUCUGAAUCUCCAUGGCCUAGAUUACCAUCGCUUCCGAGCUGUUAUUUUCCACUUUUCCCUCGGUUUUUUUACUUACUAUUUUUACCUACAAACUAGGUUUUGGAUUUAACCCUCUGGGUCAUCCUUUCCAUGGCCGCCUCCGCUGCUGUAUCUCCUCUCUGCACAUGGCUUGUGGCCGCUUGCAUGUCUGUAAACUGCGGAAGAAAUCAGUCCACCGAUCCCUCGAUGCUCUGUUCUUCAAAGGUUCUCAACAAAUGUGCUCGAAGACGAAGGUUUUUAUCAAAAUGCAGCAGUAGAAACUUUCAAAGUCACAGUGGAGCAAUUCUGUCGUCCUGCGGAUCCAGGAUGCAGGGCCUUACGAGCUCCUACAUUUCUUUCGGGCCCUGCGACGAGCCUUACAGCUCCAAGGUCCUUUAUCCUUGUCGCUUCUUUGACGCCAGCGGAUUUUACUUACUAUCUGGAUCGAAAAGUGUUCCUGCAAAUCCCAGGCCGAACCGUAGGAAUGCCCAUUCGGGCGAGGCCAUGGCCAUAGCUGUACAACCUGCCGAGGAAAUAACAAUUGAAAAGAAACUUCGUACCAGGCAAAGGCGAAUAGUUGUCACAGGAAUGGGUGUGGUGACUCCACUUGGUCACGAUCCAGAUAUCUUCUAUAAUAAUUUGCUCGAGGGUAUCAGUGGCAUAACUGCGAUCGAGGCAUUUGAUUGUGCCCAAUUUCCCACGAGAAUUGCUGGAGAGAUAAAAUCCUUUUCAACUGAUGGAUGGGUUGCUCCAAAACUUUCUAAGAGGGUGGACAAGUUCAUGCUUUACUUGCUUACUGCUGGCAAGAAAGCCCUUGCAGACGGAGGAAUUACAGAAGAUGUGAUGAAUGAGUUAAAUAAAGCUAAAUGUGGAGUGUUGAUUGGUUCGGCAAUGGGUGGCAUGAAGGUUUUUUAUGAUGCAAUUGAGGCUUUACGGAUUUCAUAUAGGAAGAUGAAUCCUUUCUGUGUACCCUUUGCGACCACAAAUAUGGGUUCUGCCAUGCUUGCAAUGGACUUGGGAUGGAUGGGUCCAAACUAUUCAAUUUCCACUGCCUGUGCUACAAGCAAUUUUUGUAUAUUGAAUGCAGCAGAUCAUAUUAGUAGAGGUGAUGCUGAUGUAAUGCUUUGUGGUGGUUCAGAUGCAGCAAUUAUACCCAUAGGCUUGGGAGGCUUUGUUGCUUGCAGGGCACUUUCACAGAGGAACAAUGAUCCUACUAAAGCUUCACGCCCCUGGGACAUUAGUAGGGAUGGAUUUGUAAUGGGCGAAGGUGCUGGCGUGUUGCUUUUAGAAGAGCUAGAACAUGCAAAGAAAAGAGGUGCACAAAUAUAUGCAGAAUUUCUUGGUGGAAGUUUAACUUGUGAUGCUUUUCACAUGACAGAGCCACGCCCUGAUGGGGCUGGUGUCAUACUUUGCAUAGAAAAGGCGUUGGCUCAGUCAGGAGUGUCAAGGGAAGACAUUAAUUAUAUAAAUGCACAUGCAACAUCAACACCUGCUGGUGACCUCAAAGAGUAUCAAGCUCUUCUUCAUUGUUUUGGCAAUAACCCUGAGCUUAGGGUGAACUCCACAAAAUCUAUGAUUGGCCACCUACUUGGAGCUGCAGGUGCAGUGGAAGCAGUUGCAGCGAUACAGGCUAUUCGGACAGGCUGGAUACAUCCAAAUAUCAACCUUGAAAACCCAGACGAAGGCGUGGACAUGAAAGUGCUAGUGGGCCCAAAGAAAGAGAGAUUUGAUAUCAAGGCAGCAUUGUCUAAUUCCUUCGGGUUUGGCGGCCAUAAUUCAUCAAUCAUAUUUGCCCCAUACAAGUAAUCACUCAUAUAUAUAUUUUUGGUUUGGCCUGGGUUCCUAAAAGUGUCCGUGCAUAUGAACUUUCGGGAAAUCAAAUCACAAGUACUAUCUUUUCUGAAGAAGCAAAUAUUUGGAGUUAGUCGUACGAUUGUCACCAAAUACUCUAUUAUUGGAAGGAAAAAUCAAUAAGCGAGCAGGUUGGGAUGCAUAUAUGGACAAUAGUUAUGCUGGGUUUGCUGAAUUUUGGUAUCUGUAGGAUGUUGAGGACCGACCUUGGUUUUAUCAAUUUUAGGUUGGCAGAUCAAUUUUACGUUGGAGAAGCAUAGAUGACAUUCUCAUACGAUAUCACUUCUCCUGGAUACUGAUUACAUUUUUACUAUAAAUUGCAAUUCCUGUUUUGUGUAAUGUUUAGACUCUGCCAAUUGUUGAAUCUAAAUAAUCAGUACGGAAAAAAUUGUAACUAAUUACCUACAGAAUGGAAGUAGCCUUGUGCAUUUUAAUUUGUGCCA